CCAACUGCCGCAGAUUGAGAAAUGGCGAUUCCUCCGGCGGGCAAGCGUGUCCAAGAGAUCUCCGCCGAGGCGGCGGAGCCGCCGCCGCGUUUCUUCGUCAAGGAUAACGGAUUUGGAGGUGGUGUUUCUUCCGCCCAGGUAGCUGAUAUCCCGGUCAUCGAUCUCAAUCUGCUUCUUGGGACUGACCCAGAUGCCAAAGAAGCUGAAUUUACCAGAUUCAAAUCAGCUCUCAACUUCUGGGGUUGCUUCCAGUUGAUUGGUCAUGGAAUGUCAAAUUUAUUUCUUGAGAAAGUACGAGGUGUGGGCAAGGAGUUCUUUUCUCUACCAAUGAAAGAAAAAGAAAAGUAUGUUCGAUCAACCCAAAGUCCUGAAGGGUAUGGGAAUGACUCCGUACUUGCAGAGAACCAAAUAUUAGAUUGGUGUGAUCGACUAUUUCUCAAAAUCUACCCCCAAAAUCAAACAGAUCUUCACUUUUGGCCUCAAACUCCUCCUGACUUCAGUGAAAUAAUGCAUGAAUAUAGCAGAAAGAUGAAGGGUUUGGUAGAUGAGUUGUUAAAGAUGAUGGCAAAAUCAUUAGAUAUAGAAGAAGAUGGUUUGUUGAAUCUGAUUGGGGAUGAACCGACAUUGGAAGCAAGGUUCAAUUUCUACCCAAAGUGCCCAAAAGCAGAUUGGAUUUUAGGGGUUAAAGCUCAUGCAGAUUCAUCGGCAUUCACCAUUCUCCUGCAAGACAAAGAAGUUGAAGGACUUCAAGUUCUCAUGGACGGCAAGUGGUAUAGUGUCCCGGUAUUGCCUCAUGCCUUAGUGGUCAACCUCGGAGAUCAAAUGCAGCUAAUGAGUAAUGGGAUGCUGAAGAGCCUGGUUCAUAGAGCAGCGGUGAGUUCAACACAAGAAAGGAUGAGCUUGGCCGUGUUUUUCACGCCGGAUGCCGACAAAGAGAUCGGGCCGGCUGAGGGUUUGGUAAAUGCGGAGAGGCCAAGAUUGUAUAGGAGUGUGAAGAAUUACAGGGUGAUCAAUAUGAAGUGUUUUCAGAGUGGGGAAAUACCCAUUGAUACUCUCAAAAUUUGAGUACUUCAACUUUCCUUCAAUAUUGAAUGGCUUGGGUAGUGAUUAU